UGUGUGAAAAUAUACCAAACAUAGAUACAGAUGGAUAUUUUUAUACUUGUAACUAAACUAUAGAAGAAAAAAACAAUCUUUAAUAAAUGAAAUAUAACUCAAAUUAAAUUUAACGAAAUAAUUUUCGGAGCAAUAAAAACAUGGCCGAUAUACGUUUGCGUAUUGAACAAGCAACGGUUCAUUUACCACCUAGUAUGGGACGAAGACCAAUUCAUCCGUUGCCCAAAAUUGGCUUAAGUUAUUGCAAUUUAAAUUUCAGUUACAAUGAUGACAGCAAUAUUGCUAAACACCAUCAUCAUCACCAAUUACCGCUCUCGCCCAGUUCAGAGGAAGAUAAUUCACCCACAGAAAUGAACAACUGCCGCCGCUUACUGGACAAACCACCUUUGGUAAAACGUCUAACUAUGGGCAUGGGUUUAAAGAGAUCCACCGAGGAUAGUCGACCUUUAGUUCAUACAACCUCCUCGUCGUUUAAUUCAUACACAUCUCAAAACAUAUGCGAUGGUUAUGUUAAUGAAGCCAUUUGUGAUCCAGAUAAAAUUAUAUCGACACGUUUUGGAGAUUCAUGCAGACAAUCUCUAACAGAUUUGAAAACCACACAAUGCCUUCAGGAACAAAACGAGUUUGGUUAUCCGAAAUCAUUCUUAAGAAAAACAUGUAGUGCCAAUUCUAGCCCUAAACAUAUUUCUCCAAGCACACCUUUGCGAUUGGAAGGUCUUAGCUUAGCAGAACAGAGUGAACUGAGAGGAGCUCCUUGGUUUCAAGCCGGCAUACCAAGAGAUAUUUCUCUAGAGGUGUUGUCUAAACAAAAUCCUGGAGCAUUUUUAGUGCGACAAAGCAAUACUAAACCAGGAUGUUUUGCUUUAUCACUUAGAGUACCUCCACCAUCACCAAAAGUGGCUCACUAUUUGAUUUUAAGGACACCAAGAGGUUAUAAAAUUAAGGGAUUUACCAAGGAAUUUUCCUCGCUCAGAGCUCUUAUAACACACCAUUCGGUGAUGCCCGAACUUUUGCCCAUACCACUAAGCCUGCCCCGACCAACAGCUAACGGUGCUAACAGCGGCAGCCGCACUAGCAGCUCAGAAUUUGAUAAUUCGGAUACAUAUGGAUCAUUAAAUGACUUUCGCAAAAUGAUGUCUGAUCUCCAUGUAUGACUAUAAUAUAAAAUGAAUCACGUAUAUUGCAAUUGGCCCAGCAAAGUGCAAAAAUACAAUUUUAUAGAUGUACAUUGAUGUAGUGUGUGACAUUAAUAAUUUAUUAGGCAUAAAAAGAGAGCUCUCUAAAUCAACAAAGACUGUGUAAUAUACAAAACAAAAAUAUUUAAAUAUCAUUUCAUAUCGAUGCUAGUUUCAAAAUCAUUUCUUUCUGAAACAAAACAUUUCUAA